AUGCAUAUGCUACAGAUCAUACCUGCAACAAUAUGCACGCCCGGUUGCCCAUGCAACCCAAACAGUCCACUAAGAUGCAACAGUGACUGUGCGUUUGAUAACCAAGAGUUUGAAAGUGAUGAAGCCAAAAUGACGAGGCAAGGCUUAACUUUCCUCAAUAAGGAAAAAGAAUUGGGACGUUUACAUGGAAAAGGUGACCUGUUGUGCGUGAAUUUCCCGCCAAAAGGACAAGUAAAGAAGUUCGGUGGACACCUAGAUGGAUUUAUUCUGCAUAACGGGAAAUUAAUGUCUUUAAAAGAAUUAUUGGACACUGCUAAAUCUGGACACACUUUCAAAAACAACUUCAAGCGACCUUAUGGAAGUCAUCAAAGCAACGCUAUCUACGAUGUAAAUAAUGGUGAGGACUUCAAUAACGAAAGAGAAGGUGGUUGGGGCAGUCUUGGCGGUAGCUGGGGAUAA